GAGGGUCUGGAGGGUCUGAAGAGUCUGGAGGGUCUGGAGGGUCUGGAGGGUCUGAAGGGUCUGAAGAUUCUGGAGGGUCUGAAGGGUCUGUAGGGUCUGGAGGGUCUGAAGGGUCUGAAGGGUCUGGAGGGUCUGAAGGGUCUGGAGGGUCUGGAGGGUCUGAAGAGUCUGGAGGGUCUGAAGGGUCUGGAGGGUCUGGAGGGUCUGAAGGGUCUGGAGGGUCUGAAGGGUCUGAAGGGUUUGGAGGGUCUGAAGGGUCUGAAGGGUCUGGAGGGUCUGAAGGGUCUGGAGGGUCUGGAGGGUCUG